UACGCUCAUGUCGACAUUGCCACAUCAGAGGAGAGGAGAUUCACCAUCCUCAAGCAAAAACCGAGAUCACCCGUCAUACUAAUCACACGAAUUGGUCACGAACGUAUUGCCAAAUCCGUAUCAGAGGCUGCGGUGACAUCACGUCGCAGCAGGGAAGUCACUUAUAUUCCAAACCCGAGGAAAAAGGAUGUCCUCCCGAGACAUGAAUCUCGUUUCGGUCAAAGGUGCACCAAUCCCUGAGCUAGCCGGCACGCUGCUCACCAAUGUGGCGACUCUGGUUUGCGGCCAGUAUCCCGCGGGUCUUGACCUUCACAAGUGUUCGAAUUACCCAAGCUGCGAUAACGCGGCGCUAAACGAGGGUCGAGUCACCGUCACGAAGGACUUCUGGAACUCAUGGAAUUCCUGGGGCGGCAGCCCGGAACGACACGCUUCGGAGUCAGCGCCUGCAUCCGUCGAAGUCGCGACGCGAUAUCCGGCCGGGGUGAAUCCUCGGAGCUGCCCAAACUACCCAAAUUGCGACAACGCGGCUCUGCACGCAGGAGCGACUCUGAUGGGCGGUGCAACCACUGACCUGUGUUGUAUAGAGAUCAGUGGGUGCAACCAGCCCGGGCGUAUCGUCGGGAUCCAAAGAGGACGGUGAACCCACUUGGAACAUCCCGUCGGACAGAAGUUCGCCGCGAUUAUACCCAGCUGACGUGAACGCCGAAAGGUGUCUGAAUUACCUGUACUGCUUAUAAGUGCUAUAAUUCGCAUAUUUAAACACAUCUUUCAUCCUGCAUACUCUACAACUUCUGGUUUAAACUCAAUGACAAUGUAUGUUACUGUUACGAACAUUGUGUAUACACUGCCUUGAUCGUUAUAGGUAUGUUUAAUAAAACUCGAGCAAUAUUAUCUGGAAAAAUAUGAAAGCUGGUUUCGAAGAAUUUGCAUCAACAUCCUGACACGAUAUUCUCCU